AUGGGCAACGUACACACCAUGUGCGCAGGCGCAGGCGUGGAAACGCUUGUCCCUUCGGGGCACCGCCGACGUUCCUGGUGUCGUCGCCAUGGGUCGCCGCCCGGCUCGCUGUUACCGGUAUUGUAAGAACAAGCCGUAUCCAAAGUCUCGUUUCUGCCGAGGUGUCCCUGAUGCCAAGAUCCGCAUCUUCGACUUGGGUAGGAAGAAGGCAAAAGUUGAUGAGUUCCCGCUCUGUGGUCACAUGGUGUCUGAUGAAUAUGAGCAGCUCUCCUCCGAGGCCUUGGAGGCCGCCCGUAUUUGUGCCAACAAGUACAUGGUGAAAAGUUGUGGCAAAGACGGCUUUCACAUCCGAGUGCGGCUCCAUCCCUUCCAUGUCAUCCGCAUCAACAAGAUGUUAUCCUGUGCUGGUGCUGACAGGCUCCAGACAGGUAUGCGAGGUGCUUUCGGAAAACCGCAGGGUACCGUGGCCAGGGUCCACAUUGGACAAGUCAUCAUGUCCAUACGCACCAAGCUUCAGAACAAGGAGCAUGUGAUUGAAGCCUUACGCAGGGCCAAGUUCAAGUUCCCUGGACGUCAGAAGAUCCAUAUCUCCAAGAAGUGGGGCUUUACCAAGUUUAAUGCUGAUGAAUUUGAAGACAAGUUGGCUGAGAAGCGCCUCAUUCCUGAUGGUUGUGGAGUCAAACAUAUCCCCAACCGUGGCCCCUUGAACAAGUGGCGAGCUCUGCACUCAUGAGGGCUUUGGCAGUACUGUCUCCUUGGACCAUGCCAGUCUGACUUAUGCUCAACAAGAAAUUCUAUUUACUGGCAAAAAAUAAA